CACUUAAGCCAAACCCAUCGUCUACGAAUCCCGAGAAUCCGGCUUCUUCUCAUCAACCGCGCAUAUCAUAUGCAACAAGGGCAUCAUUGGCAAUUGCUCGACCAAGUCUCGUUCAUCCGAAAAGCCGAACCGGAACGGCCCGAACAAGCACAUCAAGAGUCUGAGCGCGAGGUACCUUAAUUGUAGCCUUCACUUCCCAGCACGGUACCUGAAUAUUUGGAGAAGUUUGGAGACAUCGGUCCUCUUAUACUACACACAACCCAGACAACAUGGGUUCUCAAGAACAGACAACCCUGGUUACCCAGAACCAGCUCUUCUACGGCACCUUCAUCUACCCCAAGACCCUGACCGAGCUCGAAUACCUCUACAACACCGCCGUCGCCGUUGACCAGAACGGCACCAUCGUUGCCAUCAAGCGCGACUGUGACCUCUCCCAGGCCACCAGCACUCUUCUUCCACGCCUCGGCUGGGCCCCGAACAGCGUCACCAUACACUCCUCCUCAGAUUCCCAUAACCAGUUCUUCUUCCCCGGCUUCAUCGACACUCACCUGCACGCCCCUCAAUAUCCCAAUGUCGGCAUCUUCGGCAAGUCCACCCUCCUCGACUGGCUCGAGACCUACACAUUCCCGCUCGAGGCCUCGCUCUCGGACCCGGCCAAGGCCCGGACCGUCUACAACCGCGUCAUCCGCAAGACCCUGAGCCACGGCACCACGUGCGCCGCCUACUACGCCACCAAAGACGUCACCACCACCAACUUGCUCGCCGACCUGUGCCUACGUGCCGGCCAGCGCGCCCUCGUCGGCCGCGUGUGCAUGGACCAGCUGUCUCCCGACUACUACCGCGACGCCUCGGCCGCCGACUCCGUGGCCGCCACCCGCGAAUCGAUCGCCUACAUCCAGUCCAUCGAUCCGACCGGCGCCAUCGUCCGGCCCGUGAUCACCCCGCGCUUUGCGCCCUCGUGCUCCGCCCCCUUGAUGGCCGACCUCGGCAAGCUAGCCGCCGAGACGGGUCUCCCUGUACAAACGCACAUCUCGGAGAACGAAGGCGAGAUCGACCUAGUCAGGGAAUUGUUCCCCGCCAAGAAGAUCGGGGCGAAAGGGGAUACCUACACGCACGUGUACGACACUUUCGGGCUGCUGACGGACAAGACCAUCCUGGCGCACGGCGUGCACCUGUCGGAGGAGGAGGUGGAGAUCAUCAAGGCGAGGGGAAGCAAGGUCAGUCACUGCCCGUGCAGCAACAGCGCCCUCGCGAGCGGGGCGGCGCGGGUGAGGUGGUUGCUGGAGCGCGGCGUCGAGGUCGGUUUAGGCACGGAUAUGAGCGGCGGGUAUAGCCCGUCGGUGCUGGAGGCGGCGAGGCAGGCGGCGCUGGUGAGCCGGCAUGUGGCUAUGGGGUGUGCGUCGGUGGAGAAGGGGAGCAAGGGGAGUAAGGCGAAUAAGGACGGGAUAGAUAGGGAGAGGGCCAAGUUGACGGUGGAGGAGGUGCUGUAUCUGGCUACCAAGGGAGGAGCGGAGCUGGUGGGGAUGAAGGGCAGGGUGGGCGGGUUUGAGGUGGGCAUGGAGUGGGAUGUGCAGUUGAUUGGGCUGGGGAGGGAUGUUGCGGAUGGAGAGUAUGAAGGUGAGGAGAAGGAGGAGGAAGGGAAUGUGGAUGUGUUUGGGUGGGAGAGCUGGCCGGAUAGGGUGGCUAAGUGGGUGUAUAAUGGUGAUGACAGGAACACGAGGAAGGUUUGGGUUAAGGGGAGGUUGGUGCAUGAGAGGAAGUAAACUGGAGGGUUGGGUUUUCUUCUUGGAGUCUUCUUGGGUUUUCCUUGCAUUGGAAUACCAAUAGGGAUACCAUAGGUGUUUUGGUGUGGGUAUGGCAUGAGACAUGAUGGAAUGAAAGUUCAUGAACUUUUAUGAGCGAUGUAUUAAGAAGGUUCGCAAAGCUUGGAUAGCUUCUUUUUCAGUUAGGUGGCGUUCAUGUUUGCUUUCGGAUGUUUGUGAAGACUCCCGUGCGAGACGGAAUCGUAGGGACGUACCCCAAGCGCUACUAUGGGGUAUGUAAGGUCCUGACUCAGACACCUCAUCAUUAAUUGAUCCUUCGUGGCGCAAUUGGCUAGCGCGUCAG